CCACCUUCAGCGUUCAACCAUCCGCCUUCUCUUGAUUCUCCCACAGACAUCAUGCCCCCUUCAAAACGUUCAAAGCGCGCGGUUUCUGACGAAGCUUCUGACGAAGCUUCUGACGAGUCCCGAGAAGAGAAGCCCGCAAUUAUCUCUGAGCCCAAGGCCAAAAAAGCAAAAGCUUCAGAGCUUACCGAAUCGUCCGGAGAAGGCGCUGAAAUCGAAAAGAAUGAUGAUGGCGAAGAAUUCUUCAAGCUUUCAGAGUAUCGACGCCUCACCGUUCGCACAUUCAAGGGCAAAACGCUCGUCGACAUCCGAGAGAUGUACAAGGACAAGUCGUCUGGAGCACUCAAGCCCGGAUCCAAAGGUAUCAGCCUGACCGCAGAGCAGUGGGAGAUACUGAGGAAUAAUAUCCAAAAUGUGGAUGAGAUGGUCAAAAAGGUCCAAAAGUGAAAGAAAAGGCAGUUGUCUUGUUACAUUGUUGUCCAAUAUGUAAAAGUAUAAUCGUCUU